GAACUAUCAACAUACCAAAUUGCAAAGAAUGAAUCAACGCCGGUCUCACCUGAAUCACUUUCUUUUCAACAAUUAGCAAGGUUUAGAAAGACAUCCAACACUGAACAUCCGCAAGGACCUAAACAGAAAUAUGGCUUCGGUAUGGGCCAUGCCAAAAAAGCACUUGAUUUGGCAAUUAGGGUUGACAAAGUAGAGGAAUUUGUUAGUUACAUAGAAAGAUUCACACGACAUAUUGAUUACAGCAGAGAAACAAAACAUGUCAGUAUAGAAACACAGCAUAAUGACCAAGUCAGUGUAGAAGAGAAACACGACAGUCAAGAUAAAGACCUAAAUGUAGAAGUGCAAGUUACUGAUCAAGACGCCAUUGCUUUAAAUUCAGAAAAAACC